GACGAAUACUGUUAGUUAGCUCACUGAAAUACAGAAAGUGAUCGUUUAUUUGCUAAUUAUUCUUCAAAUUCAAACACUUUAAUAAAUUUGAAGAUGCCGAAUGAACAUCCAGCUGUCACCACAUUCCGCAAAUAUUUACAGAUUCCAUCAGUGCAUCCGGAAAUAAAUUAUGACGAAUGUGUUAAAUUUAUCACAAAUGAGGCCAAAAAACUAAACCUUCCGAUCAAAGUGAUUGAAAUUUAUUCAGGGAAACCAAUCGUGAUAAUCACUUGGAAAGGUACGAAUCCGGAAUUGCCAUCUUUAUUGUUGAAUUCUCAUAUGGAUGUCGUUCCGGUAUUUCGAGAAUAUUGGAAAUAUGAACCAUUCGACGCAAUCAAAGAUGAAAAUGGUAACAUAUACGCGAGAGGAGCACAAGACAUGAAAUGCGUUGGUAUUCAGUACAUGGAAACCAUUCGACGAUAUUUAAAAGAGGGCUUACGAUUCAAGAGAACUAUUCAUAUUUCAUUUGUUCCAGACGAAGAAAUAGGAGGCAAGGAAGGUAUGGGAGCUUUCGUGAAGACACUAGAAUUCCAAAGUAUGAACGUAGGAUUUGCUAUGGAUGAAGGGACCAUCAGUGAUUCCGACCAUUUCUUCGUACGAAACGCAGAACGAGUAAUUUGGCAAUUACAUGUGACAUGCUGCGGUAACACAGGCCAUGGCUCUUUAUUGCAUGAAAAUACAGCGGCCGAAAAAAUGCAAUACAUCAUUAAUAAGUUCUUGGAAUAUCGUGAAAAUGAAAAAAGUAGACUGUAUUCGAAUCCUGAUCUAAUGUUAGGUGAUGUAACGACGAUUAACAUGACAAUGUUGCAAGGUGGUAUUCAAAUGAACGUGGUACCGCCUGAGAUAACAGCAGGAUUCGAUAUGAGACUGGCUCUCGACGUAAACCAUGAAAAAUUCCUCAAUAUGAUCGACUCGUGGUGUUCAGAAGCUGGAAACGAUGUUCGGUACACAUUUCGAAGAAAAUCAUCCCCCAUUGCUCCCACCCCAAUGGAUGAAAGUAACCCUUGGUGGAUGGUUUUCAAACACGAAAUUGAAAAAAUGGGUUUGAAAUGGAAGAAAAUUACUUCACCUGGAGCUUCUGAUAAUCGAUACAUUAGAGAGCUUGGGAUUCCAGCCAUUGGAUUCUCACCCAUCAAUAAUACACCAGUUUUGCUCCAUGAUAAUAAUGAAUUUUUGAACGAAAAAGUUUUUCUGCGUGGGAUUGAAAUUUAUUAUAAUCUUAUUAAAGGUUUAGCAUCUAUGUAACAUUUUGAUAACAAUAGAACAAUGUUUCUGGAGUGAA